AUGCUCGGUUGGGUGGUUUGGAAUGUGAUGAGAGACGCUGAAGAAGUACAGAGUGACAUAAGUUGUAGUUUCUCUGUAAACAAGGCUGAGGUCACAGCAGUAGCAGAGGUAGAUCAGCUCAAGCAUCUGGAUAGAUUAGUUAGAGAGACCAUCAACAUGGAUUUCCCCGAGAGGCUCAUUGACGACAAGAAAGAGCAUUCUCAAGAAGACAUCAGAUUCUUGGCGUCGGUGAACAAGUCUAUCACUCACAGAGAUGGUCACUACUGUAUUGGUCUACCUUUCAAAGCAGAAGAUGUAAAGCUACCUGACAACAAGUCAAUGGCAUUGAAGCGCCUUGAUAGUCUGAAACACAAACUACAGAGAAACAGUGAAUUCGGCAGUGACUACAAAGAGUUCAUGUUCAAGAUUAUGAGUGAAGGCUACGCCGAAAAGGUCCCACAAGAAGACCUACAUCGGCCAGGCGGCAGGGUGUGGUAUAUUCCGCAUCAUGCAGUUUAUCAUCCCCGCAAGCCCGAUAAGAUUAGAGUAGUCUUCGAUUGUGCGGCUACAUACCUGGGUUCAUCUUUGAACAACGUCUUACUCCAAGGACCAGAUCUCACAAACAGUCUGAUGGGUGUACUCCUGAGAUUCCGUCAAGAGGAGAUAGCUAUAAUGGGAGACAUAGCCACAAUGUUUUUCCACGUAAGAGUUCCCAGUGAAGACCGUGACUGCCUCCGAUUCUUCUGGUGGCCAAAUGCCAAUCUCAAAGAGCAGCCGGUUGCCUAUCGUCUGAAAGUUCACCCAUUCGGAGCAGUGUCCUCACCGAGUUGCUCAAGCUUUGCUCUUAAGCAAACUGUUGAGGAUAAUGUUGGUGACUACGGAGAGGCUUCAUGUGACAUAGUGAAGAGAAGUUUCUAUGUAGACGACUGUCUUGUCUCGGUUGGUACAGAACAAGAAGCUGCUCAUUUGAUCCAGAGUACCACAGCCCUGUGCAAACAAGGCGGCUUUCAUCUGACAAAAUGGGUGUCAAAUAGCCAUCAGGUUCUGCAGACGGUGCCAAUAGAGGAACGGGCAAAAGACAUCAGAGAGUUGUCGAUGGAGAAUCAGAACCUUCCCAAUGAGCGAGCUCUGGGGGUUUAUUGGUUUGUGGAAUCAGACAGCUUGGGGUUCAAAGUCAGUUUGCCAAAGCAACCUGCAACACGACGAGGAAUACUUUCUUUCACGAGUUCAGUUUAUGAUCCUCUGGGUAUCGCAGCUAUUUUCGUGUUGAAGGCCAAAAUUCUCCUUCAGAGUCUUUGUCGACGAGACAUAGGAUGGGAUGAAGAGAUCCAGGGAGAAGAUCUUAGAAUCUGGAAUCAGUGGCUCAGUGAGGUGAAAGACCUGGAUCAGCUUAGGAUCAGGAGAUGCUACAAGCCUUCAGGGUUUGGGCAGGUUGUAAGCUGUCAGCUUCACAUCUUUGCAGAUGCUAGUGACGUAGGGUAUGGUGUGGCUGCCUAUCUCCGGCUUUGUGAUGAAUUUGGGCGCGUCAGCUGUUCGCUUGUUACAGGCAAAGCAAGGGUUGCACCUUUAAAGAAGAUGACUAUCCCGCGUAUGGAGUUGACAGCAGCAACCAUCGCAGUUAGACUUGGCAAAGUGCUUACUCAAGAGCUGGACUGCAACAUACACGGCACCUACUACUGGACAGACAGUAUGACGGUAUUGCGGUACCUCGCAAACGAGAGUUGUCGCUUCCAGACCUUUGUUGCAAAUCGCAUUGCAAUAAUCAGAGAUGCCUCUUGCUUGCAGCAGUGGAAGUACGUGAAUACCAAAUUCAACCCUGCUGAUUGUGCAACAUGUGGUCAGUAA